AUGCAAUUUUUAAAAACAACUGCAAAACAUACUGAACUUAGUACUCAAGCAGUUUUAGGUACAAUUACUGAAGCGGUUGCUGGUCAAUUACCAGCAGUUGAUUCAAUGAAAAAAACGGUUCAACGAAUUCGCCAAAAAGAAUUAAUGGCACCAGCAAGGCAACGAAGAUCUCCAAAGUUUCCAAUAAAAUUAUGGAACUGUUAUGGUUUGAUUAAAAAUGACAUACCAAGGACCAACAAUGCCAUUGAAGGAUGGCAUAAUUCAUUUAAAUCAAUUUUAAAUGCAGUUCAUCCAUCAAUUUGGAAAUUUAUCGACGCUCUAAAAAAAGAGGAAAAGUUGAAUCGCGUGAGAAUUCAACAGUUUAUUGCGGGUAAUGAUCCAAAACCAAAAAAAAAAGAAAAUACAAAGAUUCAGGAUCAAGAAUAA